GAUAAUAGCCAGGCAUUGGUGUGUUCUGUAUCUGAGUAAAGUGAGUGUGUCCAUCUGUUAUGACUAGGUGUGCUAAACCUGACUAUACUGCACGAGGCAGUAUGAUUAUUGUCUGACCACCUCCCUCAGGCUGUGUGUUGAUUCCAGUUGUUCAUUAACAGAAUUGACAAGAGAACAAGUCGUCGAGGCUGGAAAAUCCAGACUCACUUUGUGAAAAGUUGGAACAGUCCUCAGAAUGGCUUAUAGAGGUUUGUCGCUGUGGGUCUGCUGGCUGGUGCUGAUCGUAGGACGAUGCGAGGCGACCUACCCACCCUGUCUGGAUGGGAUUAUGAUGAACGUGGUUCUGCUGGAUGACGACAUCUCUCCCUGGAGUAUGAAGUUUGUCCGUGGUGCUGUGGAGCGUGCGAUACAGCACAACGCUGAACUCACCUGCUGUCCAAAUGGAGUGAAGCGCAACCUGACUGCCAACUUUCGAGGGCUCGAGACUAGUUUGUACAGCAAGAAAGGCUGCCGAAGCAGCACCUGUGAGGGGGUGGAGACCGUGAAGAACCUAACUAGGACAGGGGAGGUGGGCUGUGCUCUGCUGGGGCCCACCUGCACCUAUGCAACGUUUCAGAUGGUUGAUCUUGAGGUUGGUCUGGAACUCAAAAUGCCCAUCAUCUCAGCAGGCAGCUUUGCUCUGUCCUGUGACUACAAAGAAUACCUGACUCGCAUACUUCCCCCCGCACGCAAGAUCUCCACCUUCUUUACCAAGUUUUGGGACUUCAACAAUGAUAUCAAACCCAAGUGGUCCACAGCCUCCCUCUAUAAGAAGCAGAACACUGAGGACUGCUUCUGGUAUAUCAAUGCACUGGGUACAGCUUCAGCCCACUUUUCCUUACACAUCAAAAAAACAAACGUCAUAAGCAAAGCAGAGGACCUUAGAAAGGAAUUAAGCUCCAAAAAUAGGACAAGCAAUUUGUUCAUAGUGUGUGGGACACCAGAAGAUAUCGUGGACCUGAAGAAUGGAACUAUAGAGGCUGAUCCUAGUGUUGUCUUCAUCCUGAUCAAUCUUUACAAUGAUAAGUACUACACCAAUAAGUCCUCUAUCCCUGCUAUGAAGAACGUGUUGGUUCUCACCAUGCCCAACACUAGGAACUAUACUGUGGACACAGACCUGGGCAACAACGUGAUGAUGAAUGACUACAUGGCAGCGUACCAUGAUGCAGUGCUGAUGUUUGGUCAGGUGAUGAGGAAGCUCUGGAACAAGCCUGAGUCUGAGCUCAACCCCAUGGAGGUAGUCAACAUCAACCACUUCAGAAAUGUCUCCUUUGACGGCAUUGCAGGCCACUACAAGCUGGAUGACUAUGGGGACAGAGAUGUGAAUUUUUCUGUCAUUUACACCACCACUGACAACAAGUAUGAAACUUUAUUUAUUUUCAACACCGUCUACAACUACACCAAGGUCGUUAACAGUAACCCAUCAUUCAUCUGGGGCAGAAGCCUCCCAGAUGACGCUCCAUCCCAGCGUCUGAAGGUGCAUAAUAUCAUUGUCAUUGUCUUAGCUGUCACUGUGGUGGGGGUGGCUACCAUCGCUUUCAUCUUCUACAGGCGGAACAAGAGAGAGCGCCGGCUGAGGAAGAGAUGGUCACACAUGCACUCUGACCUCAUCACCCCGCUGGAGUACAACGAACGCAGCCUGGUCUCCCUCAAGAUUGACGAAGACCACAGGAAAAACACAAGUUAUAACAUCCACCAAGGACGCUAUGACAAAAAGAUUGUGAUCCUGAAGGAGCUGAAGCAUUCGGACUGGAACUUUAACGAGAGUCAGAGGAUAGAACUCAACUCGCUUCUGCAUAUUGACUACUACAACCUGACUAAGUUCUAUGGCACAGUCAAGUAUGAUCAUGGUGUGUUUGGGGUGUUCGAGUACUGUGAGAGGGGAUCCCUAAGGUAUGUGCUGAAUGACAAGAUCUCGUACCCGGAGGAAACCUUCAUGGACUGGGAGUUUAAGAUCUCCGUCAUGUACGACAUCGCUAAGGGUAUGUCCUACCUCCACUCCAGUGACAUCCAGGUCCACGGCCGUCUCAAGUCCACUAACUGUGUGGUGGACAAUCGCAUGGUGGUCAAGAUCACUGAUUUUGGCUGCAACACCAUUCUAGACCCAGGCAGAGACCUGUGGACAGCUCCAGAGCACCUGCGUAGACAGGGGAUCUCCCAGAAGGGGGAUGUCUACAGCUUUGCCAUCAUCGCCCAGGAGAUAGUUCUCAGGAGGAGCACCUUUUACACCCAGGCCUGCGCCGACCGCGCAGAAAAAAUGGCCAGAGUGCAAUACCCCAGCGAAACUUAUUUCAGACCUGAUCUGAAUGUUGAGACUGCAGGAGAAAAAGAUUUGGAGAUGUACAUGCUGAUGAAGAUGUGCUGGGAUGAGGACCCAGAGAGAAGGCCUGACUUUAAGAAGAUAGAGAGCUCACUGGGGAAGAUCUUCAGUAACCUGCACAACCAAGCUAAUGAGAGUUACAUGGACAACCUGAUCCGUCGUCUACAGAUGUACUCCAGGAACCUGGAGCAUCUGGUGGAGGAGAGGACGGCGCUGUACAAGGCUGAGAGAGACAGGGCCGACUGCCUCAACUUUAUGCUGCUGCCUGGUCCUGUGGUGCGUUCUCUGAAGGAGACGGGCAUUGUGGAGCCGGAGCUGUUUGAGGAGGUGACGGUGUACUUCAGCGACAUCGUGGGCUUCACCACCCUGUGCCAGUACAGCACCCCCAUGGAAGUGGUGAACAUGCUCAAUGACAUCUACAAGGGAUUCGACUGCAUCCUCGACCACCACGACGUAUACAAGGUGGAGACCAUAGGUGAUGCGUACAUGGUGGCGUCGGGGUUGCCGCGGCGGAACGGUAACAGGCACGCGGUGGACAUCUCACGCAUGGCCCUGGACAUUCUGGCAUUUAUGGGGACCUUCCAGCUCAGACACCUGCCAGGGCUACCUGUGUGGAUCCGCAUUGGGAUGCACUCAGGCCCCUGUGCAGCAGGAGUGGUGGGGAUAAAGAUGCCCAGAUACUGCCUGUUUGGAGACACAGUCAACACUGCCUCUAGCAUGGAGUCAACGGGACAUCCCUUGAGAAUCCACGUCAGUCAGCCCACCAUCAGCAUCCUACAGAGGACAGACUGCAAGUUUGAGUACGAGAAGAGAGGGGAGACUUUCCUCAAAGGUAAAAGCACAGAGUUGACCUACUGGUUGACAGGUGAAACAGGAGAGGACUACAACCUGCCAACGCCACCGACAGUGGAGAACUGCCAGCGUCUGCAGCAGGAUCUGGCCAAGAUGAUCCAGGAAUGUCUGGACAACCGUUCACUGGGGUCAGAGGUCAUGGAGAAGAGGAAUACCCUGUCCAUGACGCAGAGGAGGGCGGGGAGGGCCGGAGGGGAGCAGGCGGAAGAGGAGGAGGAGGAGGAGGAUGACCAGCCGGCGUACCUACAUCUGGCUACCGUCGACAACUUCACUACUUUCUUGUAGUUAUUUUGAUCAGGAGAAAUAUGGUUAUUAUUCCAAUGUACGUGACCUUAGUUUUCACACAAUCAAUCUACAUACAUACAUAUUCCUUUUAAUUAAUUGCAAUAUAUAUGAGAGACCAUUGUUGAUUAUUUUUUAACCUGAAAAAUAAAAACAAGACAUGAUUUCUCAUUUAAAAACAAAUUACAUUGAAACUUUAUUUCUUUAUGUGGUUAUAUUUACAGUUGUUGGAAUCAUUCAUGUACAGCAUGUUACCAAAGUAGUUGACGGGACUGAAAACAUUGAUCCUGUACAGCAUGUUACCAAAGUAGUUGACGGGACUGAAAACAUUGAUCCUGUACAGCAUGUUACCAAAGUAGUUGACAGGACUGAAAACAUUGAUCCUGUACAGCAGAUUACCAAAGUAGUUGACAGGACUGAAAACAUUGAUCCUGUACAGCAGGUUACCAAAGCAGUUGACGGGACUGAAAACAUUGAUCCUGUACAGCAUGUUACCAAAGUAGUUGACAGGACUGAAAACAUUGAUCCUGUACAGCAGAUUACCAAAGUAGUUGACAGGACUGAAAACAUUGAUCCUGUACAGCAGGUUACCAAAGCAGUUGACGGGACUGAAAACAUUGAUCCUGUACAGCAGGUUACCAAAGCAGUUGACGGGACUGAAAACAUUGAUCCUGUACAGCAUGUUACCAAAGCAGUUGACGGGACUGAAAACAUUGAUCCUGUUUCAUUGAACCUGUAAUAGUUCAUUGAAGCAUUACAAUUCCUAUACGUCAUGGAUGUCUGAGAUGUUAUAGGUGUAUCUGAGUACAUUGAGGCUUUAGUUGAAGGGAAGGAAACUCACACACGCUGAUUUUCUACAGU